CAAAACCGGAGCGAGCGGCGCUGCCGCUGAUGCUGCUGAGGGAGGGGCGAGGUGCGGGGGCGAGGCGUGGAAGAAAGGACAGUAGAGUUCAUGCACGACAUCCACCUGAGUGAGUGAGUGAGAGAGCGAGAGAGAGAUGUCAUGCUCCCCCGUCUCUCUCAUUUCCCUCGCUCGCUCCUUUCUCGUUCCUUCUUUUCCCAGUUUUCGCCCUUUCUCUUUCUUACAAGCACACGCUCCGUGCCGUGUCGUGUCUCUAUCCACCCCAUCCCCUCCGUGCAUCUCCUAACGUCGCCGACCCAUCAUUUACUUCACCGCAAACAGUGGAGAUUGUAUUUGGCGACGCGUGAAGGGACAUGGAGACACCGUUGCAAUAAAAAAAAUGGUUCAGGAAUGCUGUAGGAAAUGAGGAAAAGUCUAGUCGUGGUUGCCCUCCGCUUGUGACGCUUAAUUUUGUUUCGUCGGAGCUGUAGCUUUAGCGAGACGCGAUGUGGAUUUCCUUGGUAAUCGUUUGCGGGUGAUUCUGCCUCCGGAAAAAAGGCCUUGUUUUGGUUUGCGAUCCUGGGAAGUGUGAGGCUGCUGUGAGCCAGUCGCCGCGUGCAGCGUUCACGUUCUCUGGCGGGUGUCAAGCUCGGGUUUCCUUGUCCCGCAAGGGUCAGGUUCUUGUUUUGGCCCAAGUUUGCCAAUCUGGCGACUUGGUUAAGUGGUUUCGGCCUUGACUGUGGUCGGUCUUAGACACUGUAGUUAGUGUCGCUAUCUGCCUUGGGGUUCGCCCUCGUGGGGGUUUCGUUUGAGACUGGAGGUCGAAACUCGUAUGUUCCAUAAAGUUGAAAGCAAUGAUACUUUUUGCUCGAAGAACCAACACUGAUUUGUGGUCUUGAUGUUGAUGGGGUUGCAGUUCAGCUAUUGCCUUGAAGAUCUCAGGUGCAUGACGUUGUGAGAAAAUUUUAGGGGAAAUAUGUUCCUCUUUUGAGAGGUAGUUGACGUAAGCUUGUCGAGUAAUCACUUGUUUGAGGUUUGCAGCAUUUCUGGUCGCUGCAGACGUUUGAUGCAUGACGCGAGCCCUGUGGAUGUAUAUCUCCGUUGCAUCGGUAAUUAUACGGCCUCUUCUGCUCAAGCUGUCACUUCAGUAGCUUCAACAGCUUCGCUGUGCCAGUUACGCAGUACCGCGUUCUGAUGUGAACUACAUUCUGCGCCAUUUACAGCGCUCAAUGCAAAAUCCUGAAGUCUAGGAUCAGAAUAGUGAGAUCGGAACCUACCUGGAAACUACCUGGUUACAAGAAAGCCGAACAGCAAGGGAAGCUACAUACUGAUCAGCUCUACGGGGAUUGAGUUCUGUCACAGCUUUGAAUAAUGCUAUGUGAAGGACGUCAACGUUUUUCAACCUGAAUCGAGAUGCCGUCAAGGUGGUGCAGAGGCGCAUUCCGAUUCAAUGACACAGAAAAGCAACUGGGAAUGAGAUGUUGCCAAGUCAUGUCCAUUUGAUACUAAAUUUCUGUUGCGACGCCAGCAUUUAACUCCAGUUUACCACCAUGUCGGCAGUGAGUCUCUAUACAUGACAAUCGCUCGAGUCAAAUCAAAUUUCUGGAGGGAAAAGGUGAACGCGUGCUUCUUCGGAUAUUGUGGGAGUACCCGCAGCUGUCUGCGUCCGAAGCAUCGAUAUAGCCAAAUUUACAAACAACUCGAGCAUUUCUUGUGCGCCGAAUAGCUUGAUGAAGCGGGACUUAUUGAAGCUUUGAUAGCGCAAGGAUUAUUACUUUCUCAAUUUAGUCUGACACACUCCCAGUGAAAGCUUCUUGCGUAAGUCUCAUGAGCGCGGAACCUUGGUUUCGUUGUUGUGAUCUAGGGUGCACGCUCCUUUCUAAGCAAUAUUAGGAACACCAAAAGUGGAACGUAAGUGGUAAUCCAAGAGAAAAUUUGAACCAGCGGAGGAGAAAUAACGGGAAGGCGCUGCUGGACGAGGAACAAGAUACAUUGUUGAGACUGCAGAUUUUUAAAGAUGCAGGUCGGCGAUCGGAGUUUUGAACAAGGUGAAAGCAGUGAGGUUCGCAAAUGCACCGUCCGAGGCUGCAUAAAGUCAACCUCCGGACCGUGGAUAGUACGCCGUCCUCCAGGCAAAGGUCAAUCAACUGCCCCAGCUGUACUUAGGAUGCCCUCGGCACGAGAGCGCGAGAACAAUAAGAGGAGGGAGAGGCGGCGACGAGCUAUAGCUGCUAAAAUAUUUGCUGGGUUGCGCGCCCAUGGGAACUAUUGUCUUCCCAAACACGCCGAUCAUAAUGAGGUACUCAAAGCCUUGUGUCAGGAGGCCGGCUGGCAAGUGGAGGAGGAUGGCACCAUCUUCAGAAAGGGAUCGCAGCCACCUUCAAGGGAAGUAACUACAGCGCACAAUACUCCUGAAGGCACGCCAUCAUACGAGAGAUCCUUCAAGUCAGAUACCAGUCCCUCAACCUCCUGCAGCCAAGCUGGGCAAACCAGUGAUGAACCCACGUGCACUGCUAGGAGCGGCGGCGCCGAAGUCAGGCACCUUGGCAGAAUAAGUGUUGAUUCUCAGUUUGAAGAUAAAAGACAGCGCUGUGACCCGCUCUCCAACUUCAAAACAGUGGUAGCAUUUCCUUCCGCUGUGCAAGCAAGGAACCCGAAUCCUAAUUCCAGAGAUCCGAAGAAUAGGGCAGGACCUAAAUCUGUGGCAGGGUUUCUGCUUCCAGAGCAAACGGUGAGGUUGCACCAUGUUGGCAACUUGAACGAUCCGCCAGUACCUGGCGCAGAGGAUAUUGCCGAAGUCUGCACUGCACUGGCGGUGAAGAACGAAUGGGAAACCACGCAGGGUACUGCAGGUGUGCUGUAUUCAGGAGGACAAACUGUUGGACAGACCUAUAUUGUGUCGUGUGCAUCGGAAAAGGACACCUCUGGACACGACAGGUUUUCCCAUGACCCCCUUGUUGCGGACAUGAUGGAUUGUGUGGACCUUGGUCAACAACUCGAAUGUGGUAGACGAAAAAGGUUCCUUGAACACCAGUCCAAGCAGCUGGAAUACGACCAGCUCAAUCCCUACCUCAACGUGCAUAUGAACGGAGACUCGUCUGUGGUAUCCCAAGUUCAAAGGCAAACCCAAGACCCAGAUCCGGGGAAGCACUACACGUUAUUCCCCGAAGCGGCCGACUUGCUCAACCAAUCGCAACGAGAACAAGGGGAUCAAUACUCAUGCAUCACUCACGAAAUGGUGGAUGUCACUGGUCAAGCAUACAAGUCCCUCAAGGAUGGUCUCUGCUUGUGGUCCGGAAGAGAUGGAGCUUCCGUCAGCACAGGUUCAACUCGUUUGAGCUUGCACCCAGCAGCAGCAGCAGCAUCUACUACAGCGAGUAACCGCGGUGGAGCUUCAAUCAUCUCUCUUCAACACAAAAAGGUCGACGCAGACGAGGAUAUUGUUAAGGACAUCGCUGAUGACCUCACGCUCACUCUGUGCACUUCGUACAUGGCGUUACUCUUUUGCAUGCACUUGAAUUCUAGAUGGAGUAUUCAGCAUGAGUAGAUUCAUUUGGAGGGUGUGAAUGAGUUCUUUUUGGAACCUGUUCUGAGAACUGACCUGUCCACACUUGACUAAGAUUAGAAUAAAUUAAAAUAAAAUGAAGUGGGUCACAAGGGGUAGUUCGAAUGAUAGUGUGUGAUAUACUAGUGCAAGUUUAACAUGAAAUAAUGGUAUAUUGAUGACGAUUUGAUGUCUUAAGAUUAAUCUAUUUUUGGAAUUAAUGAUAAAUACAACAAGAGAUCAAAUGAC